ACAAAAAAACAGAGCGAACAAUUCCUCGGUCCCUCCACCCAAGAAGCGAUGGCGCGUCGAUCCCUCCUCCUCGCCGCCGCCGUGCUCCUCUCCCUCCUCGCCGCGGCGGCGGGGGACGCGCCGUUCGUGGUGGCGCACAAGAGCGUCAAGCUGUCCCGCCCCGGGCCCGGCGUCGAGCGCCUCGCCGUCACCCUCGACCUCUACAACCAGGGAUCCGCGACUGCCUACGACGUCAGCCUGAACGAUGACUCUUGGCCACAGGAAGCAUUUGAUCUUGUCUCUGGAAGCACAUCGAAGAUAGUGGAAAAGCUUGAGCCCGGUUCUACUGCGUCCCACCACUUUGUCUUGGAGACCAAGGUGCAGGGCAGGUUUCAGGGUUCUCCUGCCGUUAUCAAGUACCGUGUUCCCACAAAGGCUGCACUUCAGGAGGCCUACUCGACGCCCGUCCUUCCAUUUGAUAUCCUCGCCGAGAGACCUCCACAGCAGAAGUUUGAAUUGGCCAAGAGAGCUGUCGGGAAAUAUGGGCCGCUGGCAUCUGUUGUUUCCUUUGUUGGCGCGUUCAUCUACCUGGUUGCCAGCCCGUCGAAAUCUGGUGCUGCAAAAGGAAGCAAGAAGAGACGCUGAAGCAGUUUAUCCGCCACCUUUUUUUUGUAGUAGCUGGUUCAUCCCAAGAAGCAAACUGGUCCUACCUUUAAACAUUAGCUGUUCCCAGUGUACUCUAAUGGCUGAAGUAAUCAGGAAUAUAGCAGCGAUGUGGUUUUCUUGAGCAUCUCGGAUGAGUCCUUACUGGCUAAAUUUACAUAGAAGAAUAUAUUUGAUAUAGCUUGAAUCAUUUA